CGCUCGCCCAGCGGGUCAUCGACACCGGCGUGUACGCGCACCAGUGGCAGCGCGGCGACCUGGUCCUCUGGGACAACCGGCAGCUGAUGCACGCGGCGGCGCCCUUCGACGCGGACAAGUACGAGCGGCUGCUCUUCCGCGCCGAGUUCUCGGGCGAGCCGGUGCUGCACUGGCCGAUCGACGCGCCCGUCGCAAGCCUCACCACGCGCCCGCCGUCGCACCCGCUCCAGAGCCCGUGCGACUUCUACCUCGCGGCGAGGCCCGAGAGCGUCGCGUGGGGCUACAUCGACCCGAAGCGAGGCGCGCAGCUGGUCGUAAGCGACGGCGCGACGGUCGCCAUCGACACGGUCACGUCGGGCGGCCCCGCGUGCCUGCCGUGCGACGAGGACGGCGGCGGCAGCGCGGGCGGAGGCGGCGGCUCCUCGUGGCAGACGCCGAGCGCCCUUCACGAGAUCCACCUGCGUGUGCAGCAGGACCGCAUCGGCGUCCAUGUCCUGACCGGCCCGGUCUUUGUGCGCGGCGCAGCGCCGGGCGACGUGCUGCGCGUCGACGUGCUCGAGGUUGCGCUGCUCGCCGACUGGGCUUGGACAAUGUCGCGACCGUACGGAGGCGCGCUCGAGUGGCGCCAGCCGCCGCACUUGCGGCACACGAGGCUCGAUGCCAAGGCGGGCGUCGCGCGGCCGCCGUGGGGCGGUGAGCUCGACUUGCGGCCCUUCUUUGGCGUGAUGGCGACGGCGCCGCCGGUGGGCUUUGGCCGGCAGUCGUCGAUCCCGCCGCGGAACGAGUUUGGCGGCAACCUCGACUGCAAGGAGCUCGUCGCGGGCAGCACGCUCUACCUGCCGGUGCACGUCGCGGGCGCGAUGUUCGUCGUGGGCGACGGUCACGCGCGGCAGGGCGACGGCGAGUGCUGCGGCACCGCCCUCGAGACGUGCCUGGCCGGCGCCUUCCGCCUUUCGGUCGUCAAGCCGUCGGUGCCGCCGUCGCUACCGGUGGGCGGCCCGCGCGCCGGCGUGCGCGCGCCGCUCACCAGGCCGCGCGCCGAGACCGACGGCGCGCUGAUCACGCUCGCGUGCGCGAUGCGCGUCGACGACGCCGCGAGCGCGGCGCUCGAGGCGAUGCUCGACUGGCUGGGUGAGCUGCGCCCGGCCCUCGACCGUCGCGACGCGUACAUGCUGCUCUCGGUCGCCGGCGACGUGCACGUGACGCAGCUCGUCAACGGCACGAGCCGCGGCUGUCACGUCGUCCUACAGAAGCGCUGCCUGCCGCCCGCCGAUGGGGAGGCCGGCCCCGCCGCGGCCGUCGCGACCUAGUCCUACAGCUUUAGCGCUGUGUGUGUGCACCUGUGUCUGUGCCAGAGCGCGCCAGUGCAUGCACAUGUGACAUGUCGGUAUACUCCGCCGGUC